UGGAGCAGAGCUACUCCGGGGAGGAGCAUGUUAGUCUGAGCGGAGUGCACACUUUGGUGGGCGGAUCGUAGUGGUGACAGCGACGCUCGGAGACUCCGGACAAACUGUCAAAAAACAGACAACUAACGCCAUGGCGGAGUUAGACCUGAGUCUGAGCGACGCGCUGACGGACAGCGUUCCCCAGCCCGGCCCAGAGAGCCUGGUGGAGAGGGACUUUGUGGCUCAGCUGGAGGCGGAGGCCUUUGACGAUCAGGUCGGGGAGACGGUGGGAAAGACAGACUACAUCCCCCUGCUGGACAACGACGACACCAGGGCAGACUCGGGUACUGCGUUGGAGAAUGGAGAGCAGGAAGUUCAUGGGGCACAAAAGCCUGGUUGUAAGCUGACCCCGGGGGGACAGACAUCUGCGUUGCGCCAAGAGCCACAGGGAGAGGUGUGGCCACACUCACUUGAACAGCAGCAGGCCUUGGCGACGGACUUCUUAUCAGCCUCCAUGGCAGGUUAUUCAGACCCUCUGGGCUCUCAGACCAGCCCUGCCCAAAUGAUGGAUGCUGGCCGAAUUGGAGCUUUUUCAGGUUUCUCCCAGCCUGGUGGGAUGGGGGUCAAUGUGGACGUGGGGACUGCACCCCUUUCAGCAGAAAGGAUAUCAAGUAUAGCAGAGCCCGAGCACCCUACACCCCCGAUGGGAUCAGAGGCCCCCAAAGAGCACACCCCCAUGCUCCCUGAACCCCAGGCUCCUCGCAGCCCUCUGGACCUGUCAGCAGGUGCCUUAGGCGAUGGUUGGCCAGGCCAGGCUGGCUUCCUACCAACAGAAGUUCCUUUCAAUCCUCAUGCCAGCCAGCUCGCAACCAGCCCUGAUGACCCACCUGAGAGUUGGCCUAGCCGAGAGAGUACAGCCUAUGCUGGAGGCGACGAAAGGGAGGGAGAUGGAUCAGACCGAAAACAGAGGAAAAAGAAGAAAAGGCGACAGAAGGAUGAAGGUUCUUUUGAAAACAUCGAAAGCAGGAGUCAAUUUGAGGUGCAAGCACAGGGAGAAAACUCUCCUUCAACCGAGGAGUUUUACAACAGGAUUGGUCCAAGGCGGGAUAAAGGAGAAGGUGGCUGGGAAGAGCAACUUGGGAAGAGUGGAGGCCGAGGAAAGAGGGGUAAGAGCAGGAAGAAGCUUCCAGAAGAGUGGGGAGUGAUGGCUGAACCAUUUGUCCCUGCACCUGCUGCAACCUCUCAAAUCACAGAGGAGGUGAUGAUGGAUCUAGGGAGCUCUGUUAAGAUGAACCUGGAGUCCUCGUUUGCAGACAUGGACACCAGCCAGAGCCCCUGGAAACAGGAGGCUUUACCCGAAGAAGGCCUGGUCCCUUCCCCCCUGUCCCAGGACCUUUUCUCUCCAACUCUUACCCCGACCAACCCGCUGAUCCUGAACAGCGAGCUGAAUGCCACAGCUGCUCCAUUCACCAUGCCCUCCACCAACAACAGUGCAAACCUUGGCUCCUGUCCGGCUGACCUGUUUGACCAACUUAUAGAUACCGAAAGUGCUAGCUUGGGGAACAGGAGCCAGGCCUUUUUGCCACCUUUCUCUCCAGAGAAUGAAGCAAAAGGUGGUGACAUGGUUGACAGCGGGAUGUUUGACAGCACCAGUCCCCUCCAAGAGCCUUGUGUGCAAGGGAUGCCUGAAGGAGACACUUCUGCUUUCAGCCCUGCCUCCCAGCCGAGCCCGGGAAUCUCCCCAAAAGGCAAGGUGUUAGCUUCAGCCCCACCUCUCUCACCAUCAGAUGCUUCAUGGCUCCUGAACGACUCCCAGAUGAGCAGCAACAAUGAGCUAUUUGACUUCAGUGACAUUAGCACUUCAGGUCAUCCUUUACCCUUAGGAUUGUCCUUCGACACUCCUAGCCCAGCCCCUCUCCGCUCCCCCAAAACCACAGCACAAGAAUUCCAACCCAAAGAGCACAAAGAUGCCAAAUUGGCCCAGAAACAAUCCAAGAAAUCUCGUUCUUCAUCUUCCUCCUCCUCUGUGAAGAGUCCCACCUCCCCAGGAGAGAAUAAGUUCCCUCUACAGGAAUCCCCAGUCAUCAGCCCUUCUUCCCCUCCAUCGGCCAACCCUCUUGCAUCUCCAGGAUCUGGUCUUAACCCCUCAGCUAAGCCUUUCUUUCCAAGCUUUGCGGACUCCACGGAAGAACCUGCUACGGUCCCUUCGGUUAUCCCCAUCAUUGAAGUAAAACCGGACACGGUGGAGAAGGCUGAGAAGAAAGAGGAGAAGCAGGACAACUUGAAGAAGGUGGACAUGUUUGACCCUCUGGAUAACGCUGAGCAUAAGAGUGUGAAGGUUGAAUUCACAAGUAGUGGUACUCCAGCAAAGUUGGAGAAGGAGACGGAGAAGGAAAAACAGAGUGAGACACAGAAGGAGAAGGACAAAGAGGCCGAGAAGUUGAAGGAGAAGGAGAAAGAGGAGGAGAAGUUGAGGGAGAAGCAGAAAGAGGAGGAGAAGUUGAAGGAGAAGAAAGAGGAGGAGAAGUUGAAGGAGAAGCAAAAAGAGGAGGAGAAGUUGAAGGAGAAGCAAAAAGAGGAGAAGUUGAAGGAGAAGCAAAAAGAGGAGGAGAAGUUGAAGGAGAAAGAGGCAGAAAAGGUGGAAGAAAAGAGGGAGACAGAUAAGGGCAAAGACAACGAGAAAGCAGAGUCAGUGCAGCAGAAUACAGAAAAAGAUGAUAAGAUGAACAAGGCAGGAGACUCGCCAGAUAAAUUGGUGAAGACCGAUAAAGUGGAGAAAACAGAAAAUGUGGACAAAAUUGACAAGUCCAAAGAAACAACAGAAAACAAAAACAGUGAGAAUCUUGAGAAAACAGAGGUGAAGGAAGGCAAAGGGCAGCACAACGACAACGUGGAAAAGACCACGGAGCAGCUGACAGCUGUCAAGCUUGACACCGGCCGUGACGAGCUGGAGAAGAAGGCUGAUGCAGAGACAAAGAUGACAGCGGAGAAAGCAGAGGCCGACAAAGAUGAAGCCGAGAAGACGGAGACUGAGGUGGGGAAACCGGCUGAGAAGCCAGCGGAAAAGCCAGCGCAGAAGAGCGAAAAGGAAGAGAAGCAGGCCGACAAAAAGACGGUGGAGAAGAAGGAUGACAAGAAGGAGAAAGCUGCAAAAGCUGACGGAGGAGACAAGGCCAAAAAAGCAAAACCUGUGACUAAUGGAAGCAGUGCCACACCGAGCAAAGACCUGGGGAGUGCAGACAAGAAGACCAAGCCUGCUGCCGGGGCGACCAAAGCAACCGCUGCUGCUGCUGCCGCCGCCAAAACGCGGCCGAGUAGCGCAGCCGCUGCCGGUUCGGUCCCCGCUAGGCGCCCCACGCCCUCCAACCUCACCUCCACCUCUGACAAAAAAGUACCCGCAGCCAAGGCACCAUCCACAGCCGCGGCUGCUUCGAAGCGGCCCUCCACCACGUCCACCAGCCGCCCAACAUCCUCAGUCACCAGCACUACACGUGACAUCAAACCUAAGACAACUGCAGAGAAGCGCCCCCCUGUGCCAAAGGCUAGCACCGCCACCUCGAAUCAAACUGGCUCCACCGCUGCCACCAAAAAUGGAACUGCUGCCACAGCAGCCAGUAAAACCGCUACAUCAGCCCGCACAACGGCGUCUACUCGCACCAGUACUACCACUGCAGCCAAAAAGCCUCUGGCCUCUAAGACAGACAGCAAACCAGGAGAGGAGAAGAAGCCCAGCACUCUAAGGUCUUCUGCAGCUGACUCUACCAAGCCCAAGACCACCACCACCACCCGCAGCUCUGUGACCACCACUGCUGCAUCCCGCACUCGUACAACAGCAGCCAAACCGGCCACUGCGUCCUCCACCUCUGGCACAGCACCGGAGAAGAAGCCUGCGGUGCCCCGCACCGCCAGGGCCGCUUCUUCGACCACGUCCACCACCACCACCACCACCUCUAGGACCACAGCUCGCCCCAGCACAGCGCCGGCCCCCGACAUCCGCAACGCCCGCUCUAAGAUCGGCUCUACAGACAACAUGAAGCACCAGCCCGGAGGAGGGAAGGUGUCAUCUGCCUCUCAGAGCAGGGCUCUCGCCUCCAAAGAAACGAGCCAGGGCAAAGUUCAGAUAGUCUCCAAAAAGGUGGACUUCAGCCAUGUGACCUCACGCUUGGGCUCCAAGGACAAUAUCAAGCAUGUUCCUGGUGGAGGGAAUGUGCAGAUACUCAACAAGAAGGUGGAUCUGAGCAAGGUGACGUCAAAGUGCGGCUCCAAGGACAACAUCAAACACAAGCCAGGCGGCGGCGACGUGAAGAUCGAAUCCCACAAGGUGAGCUUUAAGGACAAGGCUCAGUCCAAAGUGGGCUCCAUGGACAACGUGAGCCAUUCACCUGGUGGAGGAAACAUCAAGGCUGAGGGGGCCCAGGAGACAGCAGAGGGGAAUGGAACUCCCCUCGGUGGCACCGCGGCCUCAGCCCCAGGCUCUGAGCCAGGGCAGGCCGGGAGCCUUGCUGCCCAGGAGAAUGGGCUGAAGGACGGGGCUCCCUGUGAUAGUGAGGUCCUCCGGGAGCCCCAAGCUCUGGACUCACGUAUCCCAGAGACAAGCAUUUAAUUCUGCUAUCCCCUCUGCCCUCCUCAUCUCAACCCCCCCCACAACAACAACCUCCCCCUCUCCCCCCUUUCUCCUGUCUAUAUCUUUUUUUAUUUCUCCCUCUCCUCCUCCCCCUCCUCCCUGCCCUUUUCUUUCAA